AUGAUAGGAUUGAAUGUAAGAUUAAGAACGAUAUGGACUGAUUUUAAGCCGCAGAUCGAAAAUCUAAAUGCGGACAAGCUGACCAUAGUGGCGUGGGAUCCACCCGGUUAUGGAAAAUCGCGACCACCCGAUAGAACUUUCCCGGACGAUUUCUUUCAGCGCGACGCAACGAUGGCUCACAAUCUGAUGCAAAUUCUGGGCUACUCGAAAUUUUCUCUAAUCGGCUGGAGCGAUGGCGGCAUCACAUCACUCCUGCUUGCUUCAUCGUAUCCCGAGAAUAUUUAUAAGAUGGUGGUUUUUGGUGCGAACGCGUACAUACAUCCAGACGAGACAAAAAUAUAUGAAAAUCUCAGAGACAUCAACAACUGGUCGGAAAGAAUGAGGAGAUCUAACAUUGAAAUUUACGGCGAGGAUUGUUUUAAAAAAACCUGGUCAGGUUGGGUAGACGCUAUGCAAAGAUUGUACGAAAAGCAAAAUGGUAAUUUGUGCAAAGAGGUUCUAUCGAAAAUAAAGUGUCCGACGUUGAUUAUUCACGGAGCCAAAGAUCCGAUAGUUUUGCCGGAACAUCCGGAAUAUCUAAAGCAAAACAUCGCCAGCUCAAACAUGCGUGUUUUCGAAAAAGGCGGACAUAAUCUUCAUUUGAAAUAUUUUGAAGAGUUCAAUAAGUUGGUAACGGAUUUCUUGCUGGAUCAAUCAAAAAUAUAAUAAAUAUUUGCUGUGAUAUUGAUAAUGAAUUUAUGUAUUAUAUAUAUAUGGUGGUAGAGAUUUAUACAAUAUAUAUUUAUCAAAUUAUAUAGUGUUUAUCAAAGACAAAGCAGUUUAUUAUAUUAUUGUAUGUAUACUAAAUAUUUUAUAAUAAUUCAAUAUUAGUAAAUGCAACAUUUAUUUU